AUGGAACAUGUAUUUGAUCCUGAUGAAGAGGGCUCCAGCUCAUCUCGAACCGUGGUACUGCAGGGAUGUGCUGGGGUUGGGAAAACAGCUGUGGUGUACAAGUUUAUGUUUGACUGGGCAGCAGGCAUGGUUACUCCAGGACUGUAUGAUACCAACUACACUUUCCUCAAUCACUUUUUGAAAAAAGCUGAAGGAGGUGUCAAUAUCUAUACUUUCCUUCACUUCAGUUUCCAAGAGUUCUUGACCGCUGUGUUCUAUGCCCUGAAGAAUGACAACAGCUUUUCAUCAUUAAUGAUACAAUUCUUAUUUGGCCUUUUACAUAAAGCAAAAGGAAAGUCUGUGGAAACUACUUUUGGAAGAAAAAUCUCUCCAGGACUUCGAGAGGAGUUAUUAAAGUGGACUGACAGAGAAAUAAAGGAUAAGACUUCUAGGUUACAGAUUGAGCAGGUGCUUUCAGUUCCACAAUUUGCCAAUGUAAUGUCUCGGCUACACUUGAUCUGCCAAGCACUGCGCAAUCCAUACUGUAAAAUCAAAGACCUGAGCACAGUCACAGGUAGUGAAAAGUGGUUGGGUCGUUGCUAUGCUCUCCACCUGUCUGGAGUCACAGGAUCUACUAGCUCCGUGCCUAUCUGCUCUCUGAACCUCACACUGGCAUCCUCUAAAAGACACCUGCCUGUGUAA